AUGGGGAUGCCGGGUGCGUGCUAUCACGACCAUCCACCGUCGCAAUCCCAGCAACCGCAGAGGCCGCUAGCGGGAGCCGCGGGAGAGGAGAUGCAGCGACACGCGCUGUUCGGCGGUGCGAUUCAAGCGGAUUUCCCGCCGCGAUUUGAGGACAUCAGCAACUUCCGAGAAGUACCCAACAACCAGGAGGUGUUUGCGGAUGCCAGUCGGGACGAGAGCAUAGUGAUCGAGCUGCUAGAGAUGAAGGCUGACGUGGCGGACGCUGAUUCGUCCAGGUGGUUCCUGGAGGAUCUGAUGCGCGAGCAGGAGGCACAGCCUGGCAGUGCUUUGGAAUCUGCUGCUCCUAUCCCCUCAACAGACUGCCCUCACGUGGACUCCUCUGUUUUCAAGAGCUAUGCUGUGGGCAGAAUGACUGUAUCCAAGGGUCGGCAAGGUGCCGAAGCUCUGAAUGUGGUCCGGGUCUACUUGGCCAAUCUUCGCCUGCGCAAUGUGCACACAGACGUGCUUAUAACAGUCAACGAGCCGCUCUUUAUCAGUGAGCAGAGUGAGAGUGCGGCAGCAGCGGGGACGGCAGGAGUCACGCAGGCAGCAGCACAGGAGGCAUCGGCAGGGGUGCUGGGAGCCACAGCCGGCGGGCAGGUGUUUCAACGGCUGCUUGCCUCGUUCAAGGUGUUUCAACGGCUGCUUGCCUCCUUCCAGAUCAACGACUGGGGGCUGUUUGGCCACACGAGUAGGAGUGUUGGGAGGAAGUAUACGAACUGGGAGGCAGCAGCAGCAGCAGCAGCAGCAGCAGCAGCAGCAGCAGCAGCAGCAGCAGCAGCAGCAGCAGCAGGAGGGAGGAAGCAACACACACGCAUGCAGCAGUGCAGGAGCCAUGCCCACACCCUUGUCCGCCCUCGUCAACCUCCGUUAACCCGUUACCUCCUAAUACUUGCCCUACGUGUCGACGCCCCUUUGCCAACUCAGGUUCUACGGCCCGCCACCUUUCAGCCUGCUCUCGCAACACCGCCACACGACAGCAAGCUGCUCGACCCCCUCCUCCCCCCUCAUCAGCCCCAACUUAAGCCCCCGCAGCCGCAGAUCGACCUUCUAUUCCCGAAGCCACAUGGGAGGCCGUUCCUUCCUGGGAUUGGCCUUCCUUCUUCAGCCCAGCAGUCUCAUCUGGCCCUAUUCUCCGCCGAAUCCCCUCCCGCAUCUGACUCCCAAUUCUCGAUGCACUUCUCAUUCUACUGCGCCGCCUUGCACAUCAUCCUUCUGACGUCGCUGCACACCUCAUACUCUUGGCAUUUCCGCGUCUCCUACUGCGCCUACCAUCUGGCGCGCUGCUCCCACACAGCCCCUUACCUCUUCAUGUGCUUCUUUAACGCACCACUUCAUCAAUGGUGA